AUGUAUCCUGAUAUGCGUACUGUCACGUAUGCAACGGUGUGUGCGUGUGUGUGUGGACAUGUUAUCUUUGCAUCGACUCCCCUGCUUCCAUACCCUGCCGCUGUUACUCUUACUGACCGUGUGGUAUCACAGCCUGGGGCCGCUGGAAGAAACAGAUUCCCAUCUCCCGAGAGUCCCCGAGAUGCUCUUGAGCUGCCAGAUGUGGCUUGGUAUUUUCACAACUACAUCACGGAGCUGGCCAAAUGGUACGACCUUGGAGAUGCCUUGCGUCAAUUUGCCACAAAGGUGCCCGAGCUGGCCCUUGACGAGCCACUCCUUUUCAGCGCCGUGAUUGCAUUAUCAGCUGAGCACUUGUGCCAGACAACGGGGCCCAAGAUUGCAAGGGAAAUGGCUGGAUUCUACCACAGCCGUUGUGUCGCCUACCUCAUCAAACUGGAUGAAAAGAGCGAGUUGUUGACGAAUGGCGUCGCGCUAGCUGCCGCCUGCUUGCUGCGGUCGUACGAGAUUCUCGAUGAGGACAUUGACCCCAACAGACAUCUCAGAGGCGCAUACUCGUUAGCAUCAUGUGAAGGCUCCAUUGCAGGGAGCCCCCCGGAAAGCCUCCUCGCCGCCGGGUUUUGGAACUACCUUCGGGAAGACAUCACGUUUAGCUUGUUUGAGGGCUGCCCAUUGAAGAUGGACGUGACUGGAUCCGCCGCUCCGAGAUUGACGAAUGGCCACGACCAACUCCACUCCAUUUCGCUCAUACUUGGUCAGAUCAUCAACAAGGCCUUUAGCUACCAAAUCUCAGCAAUUGAGUGGCAGCAAUUCGUUGGCAUGGUCCACGCCUGGCUCGAUGAAAUUCCACGACACGUCAAACCGUUUUCCAGAGGCCGGUCUGUGACUUUGUCAACAGUUGGCGAACUACCCAGCUUCUGGUUUCUACAUGAUUUUCACGCAUCUGCGAGGCAAUACGCUCUUGUCUCGCUCUCGAUUCUCGCCGUACUCGCACCGCCAAACCAGCUUUCAUUCCUCCAUUCAGUGGCAAACGAUGUCAGCAUUGUCGGCCAUGAAACAAACAAAGAGGAGCUACUUGAUGCUUAUGCUCUCGAGAUUUGUGGGAUUGCCUUCACAACCAACAUACCCUCGGUCAUUGUAAACUCUUUCGGCCCUAUUGCCUACUGCGGCAAGUUCAUACGGUCCGAACAAGCCAGACAAGAGGUCAUACGCCGCCUAUCAGCGUGUAAACGGCCCGUCGGAUGGCCCGUCGAACGCCUGAUCACCAACCUCAAGAGCUCAUGGGCAGCCGCAGGACUCCCCGAGCUGGAAUCCCCAACUUUUUCUGGGGAAGCGGGGCCGAGUCCGGUCCGAUUUCGAGCGCCUCGACUCGUUAGUCGGGGUCUGGCGACGAUUGCUUCUGCGACAAAGACUUCGCCAGCCCCAGGUCUUCACUGGCCUGCUGUGGUACGCCCAAGUGUCAGCGAGAUAAAGAAUGCCAGACUUGACGAGCGCAACCUCGAAAAGGCGGUGCGACACAUCCAUCAAGAUGGUCUUGUGGUGAUUGAGGAUGUCGUACCGCAUGAGGACAUUGACAGCCUCAACGCCAAAAUGGUCGAGGAUGCCCGCGUGCUUCAGAACAUGGGCGAAAAGGGGCCGUUCAACUACAACCAGGGAAACUUGCAACAAGACGCGCCCCCCGUCGCCGAGUUCUUUUACCCAUCGAUAUUCACGAAUACUGUUGCUACUCAGGUCACUUCAGCUGUUCUCGGCCCUCGGCCCAAGUGGACGUUUUGCUCUGCCAACUCAGCCAUGCCUCCCCUCCCCGGCGCCUCUCCUCAGCGACAGCCGGUGCACUCAGAUGCCGAUUUCGCUCACCCAGCACACCCAUUCGCUCUUGUUGUCAACGUACCUCUAGUAACAAUGACACCAGAGAAUGGCUCGACCGAGCUUUGGCUGGGAACACACAAGACAGACCUUUCCUUUCAAGAAGGCGCACAUGGAGAGCGAGCAAGUGGCCGAAUCAAGGAGAACUUCUUGCGUGAGCGUGAGGCUGUCCGGCCACCUAUCCAGCCCAUCGUGAAGAAGGGAUCGGUCGUGUUGCGAGACCUAAGACUGUGGCACGCUGGUAUGCCCAACCCAUCUGAUCAGGUCCGGAUCAUGCUCGCCAUGAUCCAUUUCGCCCCAUGGUACCGGAAUCCCAUGAAGUUGCAGUUCGGAGACAACAUGAAACCAAUCUUGGAAAAGCUCGACCAGGAGGGCAAGUUGGGCUUGCAAGUUCCUAUUGAUUGGGUCAGCUCUGAGGAAGCGAUGAAGACGUAUCUGAACCGUGGUUUCGGGAACAGCUAUGACUUUAACCAGGCUCCUUGA